AUGCCUUUUGGCCGUUGGCUGGUACAAUUCGUUCGACCGGUUCCAACGUGUUUUUCUUCUGGCAUACUGCAUUUUUGUCGUCCAUCAAGCACACUAACCAUGUCGAAUACGAGUGCUGCGAACCCGCCAGCGUGGCCGGCGCUCAAAGUGCGCAGCGCUUUCAUGGACUUUUUCCGUGAAAGGGGCCACACAUUUGUGCCAUCCAGCUCGACAGUGCCUUACGAUGACCCAACUUUGCUAUUCGCCAAUGCUGGUAUGAAUCAGUACAAGUCCAUUUUCCUCGGCACAGUGGAUCCUGCGUCCGACUUUUCCAAGUUGCGUCGUGCUGUCAACUCCCAGAAGUGCAUUCGUGCUGGAGGUAAGCACAAUGAUUUGGACGAUGUUGGUAAGGACACGUAUCAUCAUACUUUCUUCGAGAUGCUUGGUAACUGGAGCUUUGGCGACUACUUUAAGGAGGAAGCUAUUGCUUAUGCGUGGAAACUUCUCACGGAGGUGUAUGGCCUUUCGAAGGAUCGUUUGUAUGUGACAUACUUUGAAGGUGACGCCGCGCAGGGUCUGCAGCCUGACAUGGAAGCGCUCGACAUUUGGCGCAAGGUCGGCGUGGCUGAUGACCAUAUCCUUCCGGGCGAUGCAAAGGACAACUUUUGGGAAAUGGGCGCGACGGGCCCGUGUGGUCCAUGCAGUGAAAUCCACUACGACCGUAUCGGUAACCGCAACGCAGCGAGUCUCGUCAACAUGGAUGAUCCGAAUGUCAUUGAGGUAUGGAACAAUGUGUUCAUCCAGUUCAACCGCGAGGAGGAUGGCUCGCUUCGUCCGCUCCCUGCGCGUCACAUUGAUACAGGUAUGGGCUUUGAACGCCUUGUGUCGAUCCUACAGGACAAGAGCUCCAACUACGAUACAGAUGUAUUUUCUCCAUUGUUUGCACGCAUCCAAGAGCUCACAGGCGCCCGCGCGUACUCUGGCAAGUUGGGCGCAGAGGAUGUGGAUGGCAUUGACACGGCCUACCGUGUCGUAGCCGACCAUAUUCGUACGCUGACAUUUGCUAUAAGCGACGGCUGCAUUCCUGACAAAGAUGGCCGUGGCUACGUUCUGCGCCGCAUUCUGCGACGGGGUACGCGCUUUGUUCGCAAGUACUUCCAGGUGCCUAUCGGCCACUUUUUCUCGCGCCUCGUUCCAACCCUGGUAGAGCAGAUGGGUGACUUCUUUCCCGAGAUCACCAAGAGGGUGGCUGAUUUGCAGUCGAUUCUUGAUGAAGAAGAGCGCUCUUUUGCUCGUACAUUGGACCGUGGUGAAAAACUGUUUGAGCAGUAUGCCCAUGCCGCUCGUGCCGAGGGCCGUACCAAGCUGAGUGGUACAGACGUGUGGCGCUUGUACGACACCUACGGUUUCCCCGUGGACCUGACCAGCAUCAUGGCGGAGGAACAGGGUCUGACUUUUGAUCAGGCUGAAUUCGAAAAGGCGCAGGCGGAGAGCCGUGAAGCCAGCAAGGGCCAAGGCAAGCAGCAAGAGGCGAAUGCCGUCAAAUUGGAUGUACACGAUCUCGGCUACCUGGAUGAGACUGCCAGUGUGCCCAAGACGAACGACCAGUUCAAGUAUGACACACCCUCGAUGCAGGCACACGUCAAGGCCGUGUUCCAGGAUCACAAAUUCGUCUCAGACUCAGACUCGGUGCCCAAAGUCGGCGAGCCAUUUGGUAUUCUGCUAGACCAGACGAACAUGUAUGCGGAGAGCGGUGGUCAGCAGGCGGACACGGGAAGUCUCGUCAUCGAUGGAAAAGCAGAGUUUGAAGUGACAGAUGUGCAAGUGUCCAAUGGCUAUGUGUUGCACAUUGGUUUCCUCAAGUACGGUACACUACGUGUGGAUGACCAGGUGAUGGUGAACUACGACGAGGCGCGUCGUCGUCCGCUGCGCAACAACCACACUGGCACACACAUCCUCAACUUUGGUCUGCGUGAGAUUUUGGGUGAUCACGUCGACCAAAAGGGCUCGCUUGUGGCUCCUACCAAGCUGCGCUUCGACUUUUCGCACAAGGCACCGGUGAACGUGGCUGAGCUCGCGAAGAUCGAAGACAUGAGCAACGACUUUAUCAAGCGCGAUGUGAAUGUGUACGGCAAAGACAUGUCGCUGGAAGAAGCUCAGAAGAUCCCAGGUCUCCGUGCCGUCUUUGGUGAAUCGUACCCGAAUCCUGUGCGUGUGGUCGCCAUCGAAUUUGACGUCGAGGAGAUGGCCAAGGACCUUACGAACCCGCGCUGGCGCAGUACGUCUGUCGAGUUCUGCGGUGGUACGCACGUCCGGCGGACGGGCGAAAUUGGUCGCUUGGUGAUCACGGAGGAGAGCGGUAUCGCUAAGGGCACGCGUCGUAUUGUAGCUGUGACCGGUGACGAGGCAUCAGAGGUAUCGCGCACGGCUGAGGAGGCCGCUCGGCGUCUCGAGGACAUCAGCAAGGUGACCGACGAUGCUGCGAAGGACGCCCAGCUCAAGGCAUUCAGUGUCGAGUUGGCACGCAUGGAUAUGAGUGUGGUGCGCAAGGACGAGCUCAAGACGCAGUUUGCCAAGAUCCGCAAGGAGCUCGACACGCGCCUCAAGGCGCGCGCAGCUGCUGAUGUCAAGACGGCACAGGAAGCUGUGCAGAACUACUUCUCUGAGAACCCAGAUGCGCCGGUCUACAUUGCCCAGCUGAAGACGGGUGCCAACUCCAAGGCACUGCAGUCGGGUGUGUCGGUGGCACGCAAGCUCAAUAAGCCUGUCUACCUCUUUGCUCGUGAAUCGGGCGAGGGGAAGGCCAAAACGCUGUAUGGCAACUAUGUGCCUAAGGCUGAGCUGGACCGUGGUCUAGACGCUGUGUCGUGGAAUAAGACGGUCUCGGACAAGCUACAGGGCCGUGGUGGCGGUAAGCCGGACGGCGCGCAGGGCCAGGGCGAAGCAACGCAGGCUGAUGUGGAUGAGGCACUUGCACUAGCCACGUCGUUCUAUCGCAUGAAGCUGCAGUAA